CUCCCAUCCUCCAAUGGGGUCGGUUGCGGGGAUCCGGACGCUGCGGCCAGCGCUCUUCCACCCACGUGGGUCUCCUGCCUCCACGCCUUCCUCCGGAGCGGUUGCGCGCUCGGCGAGUCGUCUUGGGUAGCCGCCGGGGAGCUGGAAGGUUUCCUUUGGUGCGCGCCCCCGCUCUGCUCGUGUCUUUGUGUGUGUGCGCCUGCCGCAGCAGUCUCCGGUUCUGGGGCGGACAUGGUGGGGUUCACGGUCCCCGCAGAAGUCACCGUCAUCCUGUUAGAUAUCGAAGGCACGACUACCCCGAUCGCGUUUGUCAAGGACAUCUUGUUUCCUUACGUCAAAGACAACAUCAAAGAUUACUUGCGAAGACAUUGGGAAGAGGAGGAGUGUCAACAGGACGUUGGCCUUCUGAGGAAACAGGCUGAAGAGGAUUCUCACAUGGAUGGGGUUGUGCCUAUCCCACUGGAAACCAGGGAUGGCGAAGAAGAGAUUGAGCGUGUUAUCCAGGCUGUCAUAGACAACGUUCACUGGCAGAUGUCUUCAGACAGAAAAUCCACAGCCUUGAAACAGCUCCAGGGACACAUAUGGAGAGCAGCCUACGAAAACGGUUGUGUGAAGGGAGAGUUUUUUGAGGAUGUGGUGCCAGCCAUUCGGAAGUGGAGAGAAAGAGGAAUGAAGAUUUAUGUUUAUUCCUCCGGGAGCAUGGAGGCACAAAAGCUCUUGUUUCAACACUCGACCGAAGGUAAUAUUUUAGAGCUCUUCGAUGGCCACUUUGACACCAAAAUUGGCUCCAAAGUUGACAGCGAGAGUUACCAACGGAUUGCCGCAAGCAUUGGGUGUUCUCCAAACAACAUCCUGUUUUUGACAGAUGUCACUCGAGAGGCUGAUGCUGCAGAAGAAGCUGACAUUCAUGUAGCAAUUGUUGUUCGGCCAGGCAAUGCUGGGCUGACAGAUGACGAGAAAUCUUAUUACAGACUUAUAACAUCUUUCAAUGAACUGUUCCUGCCAUCGUCCACUUAAAAUGCAAAAUUGCACAGGGAAUGAAAGUAAACAACCAGCUGGCAAUCACCCGAUGAAAUUUUCCUGUAUAAUUUAUGGUAGUUUUGUUGGUGAUUUUAAAAGAAAGCAUGUCGGAUCACUGAAUGCCAAGAAACUGAGGCUGGCAUGAUUGCUGCAUCUGCUGGUGUUGUGUUUCCAGGUGGAACUCACGAAGCCCUUUGGUUGUGAAGUUCUGCACAUGCCCCAUUGGUAUCACCAUUUAUUUCCAUGGGACUCCAUCAGAGAUGGAGCCAGAAUGUGACUGUCACUUUCCCGUAACUUUGGAAGCUUCUCCUACAAAUAAAAAUAUCUUAAGAUU